CCAUCUUUUGUUCCCCCUCAAGUAUCAGACACUCUUUUGACUUUUAUGCAACUUUCAGGACUUUUCCAGGCUGCUUUUCCCAAGUAGGACUUUCCAAUCGUCGUCUCUCCCCGAGAGUGUGGGGCGCAAUGUGGUGGAUGUUGUUCCCGCGGUGGAUUUGGUUUCUUCUUUCCACCUUCCCGCUGUCCACGGGAGCCAUGCCGAUGUCCGUGGCCAAAGUGGUUUACUCCCACGCGGGUCUGUGCCCCAAUGAGCUCAACCCUAACCUGUGGGUGGAUGCUAUGAGCACCUGCAUCAGGGAGUGUGAGUCUGACCAGGACUGCGAGACAUUCGAGAAGUGCUGCCCCAACGUGUGCGGCAACAAGAGCUGUGUGGCUGCACGCUACAUAGACAUCAAGGGCAACAAGGGGCCCAUCGGCAUGCCCAAAGGCGCCACCUGUGACAAGUUCAUGUGCUCCCAGCAAGGCUCCGAGUGCGACAUCUGGGACGGGCAGCCCGUGUGUAAGUGCCGGGACCGCUGCGAGCGAGAACCUCACUUCACGUGUGCUUCUGACGGAAUGACUUACUAUAACAAGUGUUACAUGGAUGCCGAGGCGUGCUCCAAGGGUAUCUCUAUCUCUGAGGUCACCUGCAGGUACCACCUGACCUGGCCAAACACCAGUCCAAUCCCUGCGGACACCACCCUCUAUCCAACCACGGCUCUACAGACCACCCUGCCAGCUGACAUCCACCCUCCCACCAUCCACAGCGGCCCCACCCAGCAGGCUGUUUUUGUGGGCGAGACGGCCAGCUUCCUGUGCGAGGUCUCCGGGAAGCCUACCCCGGAAAUCACCUGGGAGAAACAACUGAAGGGCAAAGACAACGUGGUCAUGAGACCGAACCACGUGCAGGGGAACGUCGUGGUCACCAACAUCGGCCAGCUGGUCAUAUACAACUCGCAGCUCCAGGAUGCCGAGAUCUAUACGUGCACGGCUAGAAACGUGGGAGGAAGCGUGUCGUCGCACUUUCCUUUAGCGGUGAUCAUGAGAGAGGAUAAGGGAAAGGACGGAGGAGGCAAUAACACUCAUCUGCCCUUCCCACCUGCAGAGUGCUUGAAAGGUCCGGACACGGACGACUGCGGCGAAGAGAGCAUGAGCUGGUACUACGAAUCGAGCAGGAACAACUGCUUCACCUUCACCUUCAGCCAGUGCAAUAAGAACCGGAACCACUUCGACUCCUACGAUGUCUGCAUGCUAUCGUGUGGAGGAGAGCUGGCGGCUCCUUGCAGCCUACCCAGUCUCCAAGGCCCAUGCAAGGCCUACGAGCAGCGCUGGGCCUACAGCAACGCCCUGAAAAAGUGCCAGUCCUUUGUCUACGGCGGAUGCGGCGGCAACGAGAACAACUUCGAGUCCAAAGAGGCCUGCGAGGGAAUGUGCCCCUUUCCCAGGAACCACAAUUGCAAGGCCUGCAAGCCUCGGGGGAAAAUGGUGACAAGCUUCUGCAAGAGUGACUUCGUCAUCCUGGGACGGGUCACGGAGCUGACCGAGGAGCAAGAGUCCGGUCACGCCCUGGUGACGGUGGAGGAGAUCCUGAAGGACGAGAAGAUGGGUCUCAAGUUCUUUGGGAAAGAACCCUUGGAGGUGACUCUGCUCAACAUGGACUGGAACUGUCCCUGCCCCAAUAUCACCGUGGCCGAGAACCCGCUCAUCAUCAUGGGCGAAGUUCACAACGGGAUGGCGGUCCUGCAGCCGGACAGCUUCGUUAGCCCCUCCGGCGCACGUAAGGUCAGGAAACUUCGCGAGGUCGCCCACAAGAAAAGCUGCGGUUUCUUUAAAGAGUUCCCCGGCACUCAGUAGCGAGACUAUUAAUUGUUACCAAUCUCUAUCAAUUGUACAGACAAGUCCACCAGUCAGAACUGCACUUUUUAAAAAAAAUCCACAAUCUCUAUGUCAGACAAGAACACACUUCUUUUUCUCUUUUAUGUGUGUUCUAAAUGGUCAAACAAUUCUAGUAAGAGGCGGCUAACAAUACAGUUAAUUCAGAUACGAUCUGAACACAGGCACAUUCAUGAUUACAUGUAAUAUUUACAGUAUUUUGGUAAUUUUAAGCAUUACCAUAACACAUGACUUUCACAGACACAUAGCAACAGUAGCUAUCGGCAACAAAUUCUAAAUAGUAAAACAAUCCUAGUACGA